AUGGCCAGAGUGGAUAUUCCGCUUUGUAAUAAACGUCGAGGAGUUCGUGGAUAUAUAUUUUUUUUGGGUCUCACCUUUGUGUUUGCUAGAGAUACUCAUAUUGAUUUCUCUGUGUUUGAGAGAAUACAUCGGUAUUGCGCAGAAAGAUUUUACUUUACCUUUGUAAGACAUAAUUUGUGCAGGGGGGCUUGGCUUAUUGAUAGUAGAGGAAUUGCAAGUAAAGUUAAAAAUGCUACUCAAAUCACUGCAUAUCAAAUCAGAAACAAUGGGGCAAAUCGAGAAUGCCCAAAUUGCCAUCGUCGUAUCGAUAACAGUGAUGUUUCCGUUGACUGGCCAGGUCUGCCUGCAGGUGUAAAGUUUGAUCCGUCUGAUGUUGAGCUUUUAGAACAUUUAGCAGGGAAAGUUAGGCUUGGGAAUUCAGAACCACACUUGUUUAUUGAUGAGUUUAUUCCCACACUUGAGGGGGAUGAGGGAAUUUACUAUACACAUCCUGAAGAUCUUCCUGGUGCCAAGAAAGAUGGAAGCAGUGUCCAUUUCUUCCACAGAACAGCUAAUGCAUAUGCAACUGGUCAUCGCAAGCGCCGCAAAAUUCACAAUCAAUGUCAUUUGACAGAGGAGCAUGUCCGCUGGCAUAAGACCGGUAAAACAAAGCCUGUACUAGAUAAUGGAGUUCAAAAGGGAUGGAAGAAGUUUAUGGUUCUCUAUAAAAGUUCCAAGAAGGGAUCCAAGCCAGAUAAGUUCAACUGGGUGAUGCAUCAAUACCAUCUAGGGGUGAAAGAUAAUGAAAAGGAAGGUGACUAUGUUGUUUCCAAAAUUUUCUACCAACAGCAGCAGAAGCAACACGAUAAGAGUGAUUUCAAUCUGCCUACUGAAGAAUCUGAUAGAAUAACAGUCCAAGCCAGUCCAUGGACACCCAAGAAAGAUACUCCAAAUCUGAAUCGACCAGGGAAGCGUCCUUUAUUUGAUGAGGACGAUGAAGAGAAGGAAUCUGAGUUCAUCCAAGAGGCAACUCAAACCCAUCUGCCUGCUAUUCGUCUUGAUGAUGAAAAGGUGGAUGCUUCAUGGUGGGCAGGCGAAUCUCAGGCUGUUGAGGACCUUGAUCCGAAUGGUGUGGAUGACUCACUGUUAUGCAAUGAAAUUCUUGACUCUUAUGCUCCUAUUGAUAAUCCAGGAGUAAGAAAUACCUCUUAUCUCCUGGACUUCAAUGGUAGUCAAACAGAUGCAGUUCAAGGAGUUGUGGGUGCAGCCAAUGGAAUUCCUGAUCUUGAUGGCAUUGAACUUGGUACACCACCAGAUUUUGAGCUUGCGGAUUUGCAGUUUGGUUCUCAGGAAAGUAUUAUGAGUUGGUUAGACCGGCUUUAAAGAGAUGAAGUGAGGCGAGUGCCCUUGCAAUGACGGCGGUAGCCCAAUUUUGUUUCAGUCAGUAGAGUGAUGGAAUUUCAACACUACAGAUGAAGUCUACAGUCUUGGCCAUACUGAGUAGGUCAACUGUAUUUUGGCAGACCUAGGACAGUUUCCACAAGGUCUUUUUUAUCUGCAAAGCUUUGAAAGCAGCUGGCGCCAUUGAAGUUCCAGGACUAGUUGAAGCUCUUCUAACUGCAGCUCCAGUUUUCCGAUGUUACAUGGAAAAUUUUGGCAUCCUAAUUAUGAUGGACUGGAAAAUGAUCCAUAGCUUUUCCCAACUCUCAACUUCUGUCCUUCCACUGCAAUUCUAAAUGUUUGGCUUUUCCCAAGUCUCAAUUGUCACGCCCUUCCAGUGAAGCUGUAGUAUAACCGCAUUAAACAAGUUGAUUGCAGCCUUUGGUGUUAUGAUGCUUUUAGGUAACUGCUGAGCAGUAACUGAAAAAUAUAUUAGCUACCAAACAUGAAGUAUAUAUGUAUGUGGUUUCAUGUAGAACAUAUUGCCUUCAUUUGAAUAUUUUUAUAAAGAUUGCACU